AUGGCCUUUCAGGAACUCCUGAAUCAAGUAGGAAGCCUAGGGAGAUUCCAGAUCAUUCAGCUAACUUUUUUCAUCUUCCUCAAUGGCCUUAUGACACCUCAUAUUCUAAUAGAGAACUUUACUGCAGCCAUUCCUAGUCAUCGAUGCUGGGUCCCUAUACUUGACAAUGACACUGUCUCUGAUAAUGACAGUAGGACACUGAGCCAAGAUGACCUCCUGAGGAUCUCCAUCCCCUUGGACUCUAACCUGAGACUUGAUAAGUGUCAUAGCUUCAUCCAACCACAGUGGCAUCUUCUUCAUUUGAAUGGCACUUUCUCCAGUGUGACAGAGCCAGACACUGAGCCCUGUGUGGAUGGCUGGGUGUAUGACAGGAGCAACUUCUUUCCCACCACUGUGACAGAGUGGGACCUGGUGUGUGAAUCUCAGGCACUGAAUUCUGUUAGUAAAUUUUCAUUUAUGAUUGGCCUAUUUAUAGGAGGUAUCAUAUGUGGCCAUCUGUCAGACAGGUUUGGGAGAAAGUUCAUAUUAACAUGUGCUUUAUUACAAUUGGCCAUCACUGAAACCUGUGUAGCUUUUGCUCCCACCUUCCUCAUCUACUGCUCACUUCGAUUUCUGGCAGGAAUUUCUUUGGAACCCAUAGCAACAAAUAGUAACUUGCUCUUGUUAGAAUGGACAAGUCCUAAAUUCCUAGCCACAUUGGCAGUGAUUAUAUCUUGUGCUAAUAGUAUUGGAAACAUGAUAUUGGCAGGCCUGGCUUUUUCAUUUAGAAACUGGCACCACCUCCAGCUGGCAAUAUCUGUACCAAUAUUCUUCUUCCUUAUACUCACAAGGUGGCUCUCAGAGUCAGCUCGGUGGCUGAUUGUGACCAACAAACCCCAGAAGGGCUUAAAGGAACUUAGAAAAGUUGCACACAUAAAUGGAAUGAAGAAUUCUGGAGACACCCUAACCAUGGAGGUUGUUAGAACAAGUAUGAAGAAGGAACUUGAGGCAGCAAAGACAAAACCUUCUCCAAGAGACUUGCUCCACACACCCAUCCUACGUAAGCGGAUAUGUCUCCUGUCCUUUAUGAAAUUUUUAUUAACACUAUCAAUUAUUGGCCUGUCAAUUCACCUUCAACACCUGGGCAUUAAUGUUAUUCUGUUGCAGUUUCUUAUUAGUGCAGUGUCCAUACUAAUCAGUGUUGUUGGACAUUUUGUACUUAAUCACAUGGGCCGUAGAAUAACUCAUCUGGCUUUCAUGUCCCUGAGGGGAUUAUUCAUUCUGACUGCUGUAUUUGUACCUCAAGAAAUGCAGCCCCUGCGUAUUAUUAUGGCCACGUUGGCAGGAGCACAUUCUUCUCUGUGUUCUGCUGUUACUUGUCUUCAUACAAAUGAGCUACUCCCGACCACAUUAAGGGCGACAGGUACAGGAGUCAUUGGAAUGUUUGGUAAUAGUGGAUUAUUCCUGGCCCCCCUGCUUAUGAUGCUAGCGACAUACUCUACCAACUUGCCCUGGAUCUUCUAUGGAGGCUUCUCCAUCCUCAAUGGGCUUACUGUGUUUCUCCUUCCUGAAACUAAGGAUCAGCCUCUUCCUGAGUCCAUCCUUGAUGCAGAAAAUGAGUGA